AUGAUUUUUGAGAACUCACAAUAUUCAUAUAUAAUAAAUACUAUAAAACAUGGAAACGAAUCCGAGAAGCUAGCUGCGCUGAACGAUUUUUAUGAACAGCUAAACUUAUCUGUGGAUGGAGGAAUAAGUAAUUCACAUUUGGAAGAAUAUAUUAACGUGUUAAUUCAUGUAAUUAAUAAACCCCAUGCAACGUAUGAUGAUUCAUACAAAAAUAGUGGAAAUAAAAAAACAUCUAAAGGAUGGGGAAAUGAUAAAAAAUCAAAUAAUGAUAAAAUAAAUGAUGUAGUAGGAAAUGGGUUAAAUAAUUUCUUCAAAAUAAUACAAGAGCAUAUAGGUGUUUAUGCUACAAGUUUUGAUGAUAUGGAUGAUUUUGAUUAUAGUGACAAUAACAAUGAGAAAGCUCGAGGGAAAAAAAAAAAUAAUAAGGGAAAAGGUGAUGAUGAAAAUAACAAUAGUGAUAAUAAUAAAAAGGGAAAUAAAAAAUUAUUAGAAAAUUUGAACAUGAAUAAAGAAGAAAAAAUAGAUAAAGCAGACAAGAAGGAAGAGAAAGGAAAAGAUAAAAUAAGUGAAGAAGAAGAAGAAGAAGAUGAUGAUGAUGAUGAUGAAGAAAAUGAUGAAGAAGAGAGUAACGAACAUAAUAAAAAUAAAUAUAGUAGUGAAUUUGAUUCAGAAUUUGAAAGUUCAAAUAAUUGUUCAAGCAUUACAAGCGAAUGCAGUAAUGAAUUUGAUAAUGAGAAAAUGUUUAUGGAUGAGGCAUGUGCAAUCGAUGUAAAAUAUAUUAAUAUGAUAUAUACUGCUACAUGUUGUAUAUAUACUAUUUUAGAUAUAUACCCUAAUUCAAUAAAAUAUGUAAUUAAUAAUAGAGAUUGUGUAAAUAUAUUAAAUAAAAAAUUAAAUGAUAUAGAAUAUAUUGAUGUUGCUGAAGUAAUAUUAAAAAUUUUUGAGAAGCUAGUAGAAAAAGAUCCUAUGCUUAUAUUGAAAAAAAAAAGUAUUAAAUAUAUGUUAAUGCAUAUAGAUUUUUAUAAUGUAAAUAUUCAGAAAAAAAUAUUUUUUUGCAUUAUUCAGAUGAUUAAUAAUAUUAAGAAAUAUAAACAUAUUAAAAAAUAUAUCAUGCCUUAUUGUAAUACAUAUGUCAAUUUUUUUCACUUCAAUUAUAUUCAUAUAUUAAAUAUUAUAUGUACUUUAUGGAGAUCAUUACUUGAUAAAAUAAUUACUAUACAAUUAGAUAAUGAUAAUAAAAUUAGAAGAAGAGCCAAUUUAUUAUUAUUAGGUGAAGAUAGAAUUUCUAAUUCUCGAAAAAGUAAAAAUAAGAGCACAAAUGAAGUAUCAUCUUACUUAAGCAAAUUAAUGGAAAAAAAAAAAAAAACAAAAAAGAAAAAAAAAAAAAAAAAACAAGGAUGUAAUGAUUCAAAUGACAACGAAGAUAAAACUACAAUGAAAAAUAUGCACACUAAAGAAGAAAAUGAUAAAAGUUAUAAUGUUAUAGAAAUAUCAGAUGAUGAAAAUAAAAGUAUUGAUAUAUCCAGUGAUAUUAGUAGUAAUAGCAAAAGUAAGAAAAAGAAAAAUUCACAAAAAAAAAUAGCUAGUUCAAUUAGUAAAAACAAAAAAUCAAAAUGUUCCGAAAAUGAUAUGGAUGACGAUCACGGGUGUGAUAAGAAAAAGAAGAAAAAAAAAAAUAUAUUUAAUAAAAAAGAGAAGAUUGAUAAAGAAUCUGCAAAAGAAGAUAAUGUUAAUGAUAUAGAUUCAAAUUCCAGCUGUUGUCAAAAUAAAAACGAAAAAAGAAAAAAAACGAAAAAAAAAAAAGAAAAGGAGGAUGUAUAUAAUUUAGAUGAAAAUGAUAAAGGUAUAAAUAAAAACGAACAAGAUAAUAAAAAAUUAUUCCCAACACUUUUAAAAAAUGUUAAUGAAUCUACUAAUGUAGCCAAUGAAUCACAUGUCGAAGUAAAGGGUGAAGAAAAAAACAAAACAAAUUACAUUAACAAUCAAAAUAAUCUUUUACAAAAUAUAAUUCAUUUAAAUAAUAAUGAAAAUAUAAAUAAUAAAUUAUGUGCAGAAAUAGAAAGCGUAUAUAAUACGAAUAUUAGAGAUAAUAUUGUCAAAUUAUUAAUAGAAUGUAAAAUAGAGGAUAAUUUAUAUGCCUUUAUUGAAACAUUUUAUAUCAUAUCUAUACUAGUUAAUUAUAGUAAUAAUAUAUUAAAAGAUUUUUGUAAUAGCGAUUUUUUAGAAAAAUUUAAUGAAUUAUUUGAUAAUAAAAAAUUUAAAAACAAUAAUAUAUUGAUUAUUUAUAUUUUAUUUACUUUAUAUUCUUUUCUUCCAAUAUGUAAAAUUGAUGGAUCUUUAAUACAUAAAUAUGAAACAGAACAUUUGUUAGGAAAAAAAAAUAAAGAAGAAUCAUUAAAAGUUAGCAUACAAGAAAAUGAUAUUUUUAGUAAUGGGGAAUUUUGUUCAACUAAGUGUGCAUCUUUGAAUUUUCCAGUGGAUGUUAAAAAAGAAAAACUUGAUUUUUAUAAAAAUAAUUUGAAAUAUUUAAUGACAGUUAUAAAAAUAAUUAUACCAAAUAUAUAUACCAUAUUUGAAGAAACAUUACAUUAUGAUACAAAAUAUUUAUGUACAUCCAUAUUAUUAUCGCUAUUUAUUUCUCUUUAUAAAAUAUCAUUUACAUCCUUUAACGAUCCAGAAUUUGUUCAAUGCUUAAAUUAUAUAUUUAGUUAUAAUACAGAGUUAUAUUCUUUUAUAAGAUUUUGUAUUUUAAAUAAUUUAUCUGACACAUCAGUUAUUAGUGGUAUUAUUAUAUGCAAAAUUGUAGAGUCGUUUGUAAAUCUAAUAUCAACUAAUUUAAUAUAUAAAGAAUUGAAAGAAAAAUUAAAUAUAAAAAAUGAAACUACAACUGAUGAGUCAUAUAUUAAUUUUACUAUGAAUAAUAAAAUAUAUAAAAAUAUCAACAUUCAAGAAAGUGAUAUAACAAAUUUCACUUUUAACGAUAAUAAAAUUGUUUUUUUACAUGUACUAAUAAAUAUUAUAAAAAAUAUAUUACUAAAAAAGAAAAAAGAAAUAGGUACCCAAAACAGCAACAUUUUAUGCAAUAGUAAUAAACAAAUUUAUAACAUUAUAUUUUUGUAUUUUUAUGAUUUAUAUAAUUCUGAUUGUUCAGGCAAAAAUAUAAUAAAUAAUAAUAGCUAUUUAAUUCCCCAUAAAAUUUUAUGUAAUAAUCUCGAACAAAAUGAUGUUGAUACAACGACUAAAAAUGGAAAAUUAUUAUUUUUUAAUUACGAAAGAGAAUCUAAAAAUGUUAAUUUAGAAUUUGGAACAAUAUUUUUAUGUUAUGAGAAUGUAAAAAAAUGCAAAAAUAAUGAUGGGUCAAACAUAUUUUUAAAAGAUUUAAUUAUUGAUGAAAUAAGCUGUUAUAAUAAUGUUGUUUUAUCUUACUAUUAUUUAAUAAAUUUGUUUUGUAAUUUAUAUUAUAUGCGUGAAGAUGGAUCAAUUUAUUUUUAUAAAUACAAUAUUGCAAAAAGAUUAUAUUUUUUUUUAUUUCAAAAGUUGUUUUAUGGCAAUACAAGGAAAAAGUAUACACAAAAUGUAGACAAUUGGCAAGAAAGGAAUGGAAAAUAUGUUUUAAAAAAUAAUACUAUUAUUAGCAAUGAAGAAUUUAUAUAUAAGGAAAAACAGAAAAAGAAAAUCUUGAAAUUAUUAAAAAAUAUAGAUAGAAAUUUAAGAUUGUAUAUAUUUUUAUAUGCAUUAUUGUUUAUUAACAAUGAAAAAAAAGAGGAUAUAGUACAUGGAUUAUUUUUAAAUAGCAUUAAAAAGCUAUAUAAUAUUUUAGGAAUUGUAAAAAACAUUGAAGAAAUGAACAAAUCCGAAUUUAAUAAUUUAAAAUCCUCAGUUUUAAAAAUUUUUGAUGUUUAUCAUUAUAAUUUAAUUACAAAUAAUGUAUCUUUUUAUCAUUUUUCCAAUUUGAUUAAAUUAACAAAAGAUUGUUUAAAUAUGUUUGAUAACUUGCCUAUGCAUUUUUUCCAGGAAAAUUUAAAUAGUGCAAAUAAUUGCCUGCACACAAAUAUAAAUGAGUUAUAUACAAAUAUUAAUAAUAAAAAUAAUAGUAACAAUAAUAAUAAAGCGAUAUGGUCGUCAAAUUCUGAUGAUUUCCCAUCGUUGCAUCAUGAUAACUAUUGUGGUAAUAAUAUGUUGGGUUCAAAAAACAGAAAAGUUAGUGAUAAUAAUUUGUCAAAAGGUUUGAAACAAAAAAAGAAAAAUAAUAAAGAGGAUCCAAAUUUCGAUGAAGCUGUGGAUAAUAGUGAAGCAAAUAAACAAAUAGAAGAUGAUGAGUUAGGUACUAAUAUUAAUGAAAAGAAACUAGAUACUUCUAUAUUUAUCGAAGAAAUUGAUGAAGAAAAAAAAAAACAAAAAAAAACCGAAGAAAAUGAACCUUCAACAUUUUAUAAUUUAAAAGAGUCAAAUAAAGAAAUCGAAAUUAAUAGAAAAAACGAAAUCGAAAAGGAUGUUAGUUCAACAAAUGCACGUCAUAAUAGUUUUCCUAUUAAAGAUAAAAAAAAAUCAAAGGGAAACAAUUUUAUUGACGAAAAAGAUAUGAAUAAUGUCAAAAAUGAUGAUAAUAAUAAUAAUAAUGUAUAUAGCUACUUAAAUAAAAAAAAUUACAAUAAUGUUUAUUAUGUUUCUAAGGGUUCAUUUUAUGAUGCCUUAGCCAAAAAUAAUAAUAUCAAUAGUAAUAAUAUAAAUACAAAAUAUAAUGACAAAAAAGGAAAAUGCAUGUAUAAUAAUUACAAUUGUCAUUUCCCAAUCCAUUUAAGAAGAAAUGGAUUAUAUGUUGAUAAUGUGGCAAUUUUUAAUUCUUUGAAUAAGGGUAUACAACUAUCAAUGGUACAUGAUAAUACUGACGAAUUUUCAAAUAAUAGAAUAUAUGAAGAUUUUAGUAAAAAUGUAAAUAAUGUAGCUUAUGAUUGUACAAAAGUGGAAGGUGAAGAAGAAAAUAAUAGUUGUAACUUGUCAUAUAAAAAUAAAGAAAAAGAUGAUAAAAAUAAUAAAAGUGUAAAUUUAUCACAAAAAAAUUCAAAAGAUUUAAAGAUUAACAAAAUGACAUAUUCAAAAGAUAUAACAAAUAGAUUUUUAUAUUUUUCCAAAAAUGAUUUUGAUAAAUCUAAAAAUUUACAAGGAUCUUUUAACAUAUUUGAAUCAUUUAAUAAAGUUGAAAAUUAUAUAAGAAAAAAUGUUAAUAAAAAUAAUAAAAAUUAUAAUUCAAAAUAUUAUGGAAAAAAUGACGAUUUUAUUGUUCUAUCAAUUAAUGGAAUAAAUGUGCAUAAAGAUUCAUGUAUUUCUGAAUACUUAGUAAAAUUAAGUGAUUUAUAUUAUUUAAAUAAAAAUGAAUCAUAUAUUAAUGAAGAAAAUAUAUAUUGUAAUUUUGAAAACUUUUAUGUUUAUAAUGAUGUAGUAGAACAUUGUAUAACUAAUUAUAAUUAUAUUAAAAAUAAUAUUAAAUAUUUAUGGAACAAUAAUAAUAAUCAGGGUAUUUAUAGUACCAUUAGUAUAGCCAAUAAUAAAAAUAAUAACAAUAUGCACAUUAUAAAUUACAAAAUUAUUAAAAAACGAAAACAUUCUGAACAAACAUAUGAACAAGCUUUAUUUGAUGAUUAUGAUGAUGAUGAACUUAUGAACAUAAAUAAUGACUUAAAUAUUAUUACAAAAAAAAAAAGCAAAAAAAAAAGAGAUAAUAAUUAUGACAAUAUUGAUGAAAAUAUACAAAAAAGUGAGCAUAACACAUUUUACAAAAAUGAUAUAUAUUCCUAUGUCAGCCCAAGUACUUAUAAAAAAAUUAAGAGUAGCAUAAAUACACCAUUUUCUUGUAAAAUUAUAAAUCAAAAAUAUAAUUAUUAUAAUAUAUCUUUUGAUUUAGUUAAACAUUUGCAUACUAAUGUUGAUGAACAUAUUGAUACGAGUCAUACAAAGUUAAACGAUAUUGAUGUUAAAACAAGUGGAGAUACAGAAAAUGUUAUGGUAAAUAAUUUCUUUACUAUUUUAAAAACAAAAGCACAAAAAGAAGCUUAUGAAAAAAACAAAAAUUUAUAUCACGAAAUGGGAACAAUUAAAGAUGCUUAUGAUUCUAGAUCUUUAAAACAUGUAAGUGGAAAAGAAUAUUAUAACGAAUUGGGAAGUGAAAAAAUAGAAAAUGAAAAAAAAACAUCAUCAUUUUUACUUGACCAUUUAAAAAAUUGUUAUAUAAAUAACCAAAUGGAUUUUGACUUAUUAGAAAAUAAUUAUGUAGAAAAUGAUUCAAUCUAUUUAUCUACAUAUCUUAAAAACGAAAUGACAAAAGUAAUAGAACUUAUUCUUUUAGAUAAUCAUUAUAUUAAUAAAGAUAUAAUGCUUAGUACACAUUAUCACAAUUUCAAUGUUGUUUUAAAUAAUGAAAAAAAUAAAAAUGAUAAUAAAAGAAGUACUAUUGAAAAUAUUGAAAUGGGAAGAAUGUGGGAAAAUAAUUUGUAUAAGAAAUAUUAUGAAAAAAAAAAAAAAAAAGAGAAUAAGGAAACACAUCAAGAUCCUUUACUUCAAUAUGAAAAUAUGACUAAACCAGCUUUUGAAGAAGAAGACGAAUUUUAUAUGCUAUUUAAUUAUAUGCCUAUGUAUAGUGAAAUUAUUAAAAAAGGAAUAAUGAUGAAAAGAGAAAAUGAUACAGAAUGGGAGUAUGAUCAAAGAUGUUUCAAUUCAAACAAUGUUAAAAAUUGUUUAUGUAAUAAUAAAAAAGAAAAAAAAAUGGAUAGAGAUAUAUUUAUUGAAAAUAUGUACAACUUUUUGUUAUAUAAAAUAUUAUUUUUACUUUUUAAGCAUUUUAAAAUUUCCAAUACCCAACCACUUUUUAACUUUUAUAUGAAUAAUGAAGUCGAAGAUAAAUUGAUUUUAGAUGAAAAUAAAAUUGAAUCAAUGAAAUUAUUAAAUGAUAUUACAAAAGAUGAAAUGAAUUUUGUGAAAUGUGUUUAUUUAUGCAAAAAUAAUAAAGAAAAAAAUUUUGAAGAACCAAACAAAUUAUUACUCGAAAUAAAUGAAAUAGAAAAAAAAGAGUUUAUAUUAAAUAGUUUAAAUAAUAAAAUAAUGUAUUAUUUGAAUAAUCCAUUAUUUAUGUUUAGUGAAAAAUUACCAUCAUGGAUAUACAAAAUAUUUUAUUUAUUUAAUUUUGUAAUAAAUAUUGAUAUUCGAUCUUUUUUUUUUGAAAUAGCAUAUUUUGGAAAUUAUAGAGGUUUAUACAAUUAUAAACAAAGAAUAAAAGAAUUAGUUGAUAAGUUUAAUGAAAAAGUAACUACUAAAAAUGGUGCAUUAAUGGAAGAACAUUUAUUAUCAGUGUGUGCAAAUUAUACAUAUAAUUCUGAAAAAAAAAAAAUAUUUAAUUUUUUACAAGAUAAUACUACUUUAUCAUUACCUCGAACUAAAAUUAAAUUACAUAGAAAUAAAAUCAUAGAUUCUUCUUUCCGAAUAUUUAAUCAUAUACAUUAUAUUAAUUCAAAUUAUAUUACUCCAUCAUAUUUGGAUAUAGAAUUUUUUAAUGAAGAGGGAACAGGGUUAGGUCCUUCGUUAGAAUUUUAUAAUGAAGUUAUUGAAGAGUUAAAAAAAGAGAAAUUGAAAUUGUUUAAAAUUGAAAAUAAUUAUCUUUUCCCUAUAUCUUAUAAAAUAGAUUUGAAUAAUUUUGAUUUCAAUUUAUUAAAAAAGCCUAAACAUUCUGAACUUACAAAUAUGACAAAUAAUAGUGCUACUGAUUUAGGAGCAGCUUUUUCUGGAAAUCUACACAAUUUUAAUAAUCAUCGAUCAUUUGUUUCUAAUAAUCAUAAUACAUAUAACUCUUCUUCUAUUAAUAAAAGAAUUAAUGAUAUUAGUGAUGGGCUAAAUACAAAUAGCUAUCAUUCAGUUAACAGUUUCAUAAAUCACUUUUUAUAUUCUAUGAAUUCAAAUAUAUUUAAUAAGAAUAAUAGAAAUUUAGAUAUUUAUGACGAUAUAUCAAAAAUCGGAAUUUUAGAUAAAAAAUCGAAGAAUAAAAAGAAUAAAAAAAGUGGAAAAAAAAGCGGAAGUAGUAAAGUUAAAAAUAGUUCCAUUACAGAUAUUAACAAUGAUAAUGUAGAAAGUGAUAUUAAAAAAAAAGUGAAAAAAAAAAAAAAAAAAAAUGAUGCCCAAGAAGAGGAUGAAAUUGAUGAUGUUGAUGAUGUUGAAGAAAUUAUGGGCGACGAACAAAUUAAAAAUUGUUUGAAAAAAAUAAAUAAAAAAGAAAAAAUAAACCAAGAAUCAAUUAAUGAAAAACCAAAAGAUAAAAAGGGAACAACCAACCAGGAUAGUUGUAUAGAUAACUAUUCCGAAAAUGAUAUAAAUGAUGUGGAUGAUAAUAUUAAUAGUGAGCAUAUAAAUAAGCCCAUUGAUAUCUCUGAUAAAACAUCAUCAUAUAAAAAAAAUAAUGGUUUUGAUAUAAAAGAUGAGAAUGCAAAAAUAUAUGAAGAGAAACAUAUAAACACAGAAAUAAAUAAAAAGAAAAGAGUUAGAAGUUAUGAUGGUGAAAAUGAAGAUGAAAAUAAUAAAAGUGUAGAUGAGGAAGAUAAUAUUAGUGUAAAAGAAAAAAUGAAUGAUCAAAGUUUUGGUGAAGAAGAUGAAUAUGGUUACGAAAUUGACGAAUAUGAUGAUGAGGAUUAUUAUGAUGAAUAUAGUGAAUAUGAAAAAGGCGAAAAAAUAAAAUUUUCGUUUGAAGGAAAAAAAAACAAUCUUAAAAAGAAGAAAAAAGAAAAGAACUUAAAUAAUAAAGGAAUAAAAAAUAGCCAAACUAAUGAAAUAUCUGAAAAUAACGAAAAAAUGAAAAAAUCCAAGAAUGAUGAAUUAGUACUAGAAAAAAAAAUAAAAGAAGAAAUAAAAAAUGAAUAUAUCAUAGAUGACAAUAAAAGAAAACAAACUGAAAAAGGUGAAAAGGAAAGUAAAAAUUCAAAUAUUAAAAAAUAUAAGUUAUUUACAAAAGAUUUUGAAGAACAUUUCUUGAAGGAAGAUAAUGUAGAAAUAGGAAAAAAAAAUGAAAGUUCUACAAAAAAAAAUAGUGAUUCAAAUAAAGGUUUUAAUUUGGUAAAAUCCGAAACUCAGGAUAUUAUUAAUUUGCUUUUUAGUGAAAUGAAUAAUAAAACGCCUUUGGAUAUGGAAUAUAAUAUUAGUGUCAAUAAAAAUACGAAUAUUUCAGAAAAAGAAAAUGAACGAAAAAAAGAAGAAAUAGAAUCUACACCGAAAAAAACUAACGAAACAAUAAAUAAAAAGGGAAAUUCAAAAAGUAGAAAAGGUACAAGUACAGAUCAAGAUACGUUAGAGAAUAGGUUAUUUAAAUAUUUCAAAUUGUUAGGCCAAUUAUGUGCAAAAAUAUUAACAGAUAAUCGAAAUGUCGAUAUUAAUUUGCAUCCACUAUUCUGGUAUCUUGUAAUGAAUAACUCAGGCUAUGUUAACAUGUCCAAGUUGCAUCACUAUCAAUCGGUUGACGCAGUGAACAUGAAUAGCAUAAACAAACUAUUAGAAUACAGAAAAAGUGGGAAAAAUGUUGAAGAUUUACACCUUGAUUUUACACUAUUAGGAACUACACCACCAAUUGAACUAAUACCUAACGGUUCGGACAUAUCCGUAACCAAUGAAAAUUUAGAUUUGUUUAUAAAUAAAACAAUUCAAUAUUCUUUAUAUGAGGGAAUAAAAUUUCAGGUGUGGGCGUUUCGUUUCGGUUUUAGUACUAUAGCUCCAUUAAUAUGCACAAACAUUUUUGACGAAGAAGAAAUAUGUGAAUAUUUAUUUGGAAAUAGUAUUAAUAAUGAUGAAUAUUGGACAAAAGCUCAUUUAUCAACUUAUAUCAAACCUGAUCAUGGGUACACAAACGACUCAAUUACAUUCAUCACUCUAAUCGAGAUAUUGUCCGAAUUUGAUUGCAAUGAAAGGAAAAUGUUUCUUAAAUUUUGUACCGGAACAUCUACUUUACCUAAUAAUGGAUUUUCAGCCUUAAAGCCAUUAAUGAAAGUUGUUAAGAAAGAAGAUAAUAAUGAUUUACCAAGUGUUAUGACAUGUACAAAUUAUUUAAAAAUUCCAGACUACAAAAACAAAGAAAAAUUACGAAAUCGAUUAAUGUAUGCCAUCAAUGAAGGCCAAAAGAAUUUUUCUUUAUCAUAG